CAAGGCGCAAGGCAGCACUUGCUUCUUCUCAAUCAUAAAUGGUGUGAUGUGAGGGCGCGAUUUUAUUUUAUGGAAUCCCAUAAAAUAAAAUGUUACUUGAAAUGAGGUAGCAUUCGAGAAUAAUAAAGUUAAUAACAUCUCAAUAUUAUGCCUUAAUUUUUCGUGUUGAAAUAGAAUAAUUGGGAAUGCUGAACAUGAAUACUACUUUAGUUGCAAAUGAUGAAUAUGAAGUUAUUGGGGAGGCCCAAUGGCAAAUCUUGGAAACAAAUGCCGAUGAGCAAGUUAUUAAAAUCUACGGCUACAAGUACUCAAAAAUACGUGCAGUUAUAUUUCAUACAGUUUGCAUGUCACUAUGCGGUCUACCAUAUUUUGCAUUUUCAUAUUAUCCAACAUUAAAUCGAUUUAAAUAUAUAAAAUGCAGUUUGAAAACGGCUGAUGAAUUAUGUGUAACGGAUGGCGAAGAUUCUUUCCAGAUCGAAAAGGUAAAUGAAGUAGAUUUGAGCCUCUCCAGCCAUAGAGGAAAUAGACUACGCUACUUCAUUUACCAACAUAGCCGCUAUAUAUGGCUUAAUGAUAAUGGAACCUUCAUCAAUGUAUUGGCACUCAAUGAAAAACUAACAAUAAGCCUGUUAAUGGAAAAUAUGUGUGGCAUCAAUAAAAGGCAACAAAAUGAACUGAUUAAAUUAUAUGGAGGCAAUUCAGUGGAAGUCGAAGUAAAGUGCUACUGGACGAUAUUUGUGAAUGAAGUAUUCAAUCCAUUUUAUUUAUUUCAAGUUUUCUCUAUAAUCUUAUGGUCACUGGAUGAAUAUUACCAGUAUGCAACUUGCGUUUUCCUUCUUUCUGCAGCGUCGUGUAUGAUGGCUCUUUAUCAAACUAAACAGAUGAGUAUAAACCUGCACAAAAUGGCGGGCUCGACCAGCACGUUCACGGUGACGGUGCUGCGGCCGACGCGCACGGGGCGCGAGGAGUGCGUGGUGAACGCGAGCCGGCUGGUCCCCGGGGACGUGCUGGUGCUGCCGCCCGACGGCUGCGUCAUGCCGUGCGACGCCAUGCUGCUCACCGGCACCUGCAUCGUCAACGAGUCCAUGCUCACCGGUGAAAGUGUACCUGUCAUGAAGGGUCCCCCGUGCAUUUCACAAGAAGUUUACUCAACUGAUACGCACAAGAGGCAUACGCUGUUUGCUGGCACACACGUUAUUCAAACAAGAUUCUAUGGAAACAAUCAGGUGUUGGCGAAAGUCGUUCGCACUGGCUUUUACACCGCCAAAGGAGAGUUGAUAAAAAGUAUUUUAUUUCCAAAAAAAUUUGAUUUCCAGUUUUAUAAAGACGCCGUUAAGUUCGUCAUAUUUAUGUUCUGCAUUGCCGCUAUCGGAAUGGGAUACUCGAUUUGGCUUUACGUACGAAGAGGCAGCCUCUUGGGUACGAUUGUGCUUCGAACACUGGAUAUAAUUACCAUCGUGGUGCCUCCAGCGCUACCCGCCGCUAUGACGGCAGGCAUCGUCUACAGCCAGCAGCGGCUCAAGCGCAAUAAAAUCUUUUGCGUGUCACCUCCGCGUAUAAUCAUGUGCGGAAAACUGCAAGUCAUGUGCUUCGACAAAACGGGAACUCUGACAGAGGAUGGGCUGGACUUUUAUGCAGUGAUACCAUUUAACCCUACUGAGAAAUUUGGACGCCGUUGCAAUGAAAUUGUUGAUCUACCCAAUAAAAGUCCUCUUGUUCAAGCCCUAGCAUCUUGCCAUUCUCUCACAAGCAUUCAAGGACAAUUGAAAGGAGAUCCAUUGGACUUGAAGAUGUUUGAAUUCACUCAAUGGGUGUUGGAAGAGCCAGGUCCUGAAAAUACCAGAUAUGACAACUUGACCCCAGCUAUAGUAAAGCCUGCCACUGUUCAUAAUGAGGAUCUUCAGAACUUGGACAACUAUGACCCAUUUACAAUGGAGAUGCCUUAUGAGAUUGGAUUGCUCCGAAGAUUUCAUUUUUCGUCAUCUCAGCAAUCUAUGGGAGUUAUUGCUCGAGUUCUUGGUCAGCCCCAAAUGGUUUACUAUGUAAAAGGAGCUCCUGAAAAGGUUGCAGGCAUGUGUGAUCCAGAUUCACUACCAGAUAACUUUAGCACCGUUCUCAACGAGUAUACAUCAAAUGGUUUCCGAGUGAUUGGUCUCGCCUAUAAGAAAUUGGAUCGUAAGAUGAAGUGGGUUGACGCACAAAGACUAAAGCGAGAGACAAUAGAAUGCGAUAUGAUGUUUUUAGGCUUUCUAGUCAUGCAAAAUAGCCUGAAACCGGAGACAACGCAAGUUAUAAAAGAAUUACAUGAUGCUAAUAUGAGACAGGUUAUGGUCACUGGGGAUAAUAUAAUGACUGCCAUGUCGGUAGCUCGAGGUUGUUCAAUGGUUCAGCCUCAUCAAAAAGUGGUGCUCAUAACUGCAUCACAACAACUAAAUAAUGAUGAGAGACCAGCACUUAUUAUGGAAGUGGUAGGCGAAGGUGGUCCACCUAAAUUAGCAAUGGAUGCAUAUGUCAUAGCAAUGGAGGGCAAAACUUGGGCUGUCAUGCGUACAUAUUACCCGGAGAUGAUUCCCACCAUUGUUAAUAAAGGCAUGAUAUUCGGUCGCUUUGGGCCGGACCAGAAGACGCAGCUGGUGACGGCGCUGCAGGGCGCGGGUCUGGUGGUGGGCAUGUGCGGCGACGGCGCCAACGACUGCGGCGCGCUCAAAGCCGCGCACGUCGGCAUCUCGCUGUCGGAAGCCGACGCCUCAGUGGCUGCACCAUUUACAUCUCAAGAACAAAAUAUACGAUGUGUAAAAUUGCUAGCUUUGGAGGGAAGAUGCGCGCUCAGUACGUCCUUUGCCAUCUUCAAGUACAUGGCUCUCUAUUCGCUUAUUCAGUUCUUCUCCAUACUCAUCCUCUAUAAUUUCUACUCUAUUCUUGGUAACAAUCAGUUCCUGUACAUCGAUCUUGUUCUGACCACUCUACUGGCACUCUCGUUGGGACGAGCGAAGCCUGGCCCUGUACUUACCAAGCAGUCACCACCAGUUUCCCUUGUAGCCAUCACAAGCAUAUUGCCCUUGAUAAUGCAAGUUUUACUUGUUUUGAUCAUGCAACUAUCUGCUGUUUAUCUUCUGGAGUCUCAGGAAUGGUUUAAACCAGUGGAAGGUGGAGCAAAUGUAGAGCAAGUGGUGUGUUGGGAAAAUACAGUUAUAUUCAUUAUUACAUCAUUCCAGUACUUAAUUAUGGCCUGUGUUUAUGCUAAAGGUUGGCCUUUCCGUCAACCAUUUUGCACCAAUUAUUACUUGGUGAUAACAUUAGUAACUCAGGCUGUGUUUGUGACAGUGCUAUUGUUGUGUCCAUGGAAAGCACUGACAGAUUACAUGGAAGUUGAGGCUGUGAACAUGUCAGAUCCUGAAACUUAUAGAUUUAGAGUUUAUUUGCUGAUUGUACCAGUUCUGCAUCUUCUGCUAGCAAUAGCCACUGAGGCGACUCUGUCGGAUCAAGAUCGAUUCUCCGCCCUGCUGCGCGUGCUGCGCCGUCGGUGCUCCGACAAGGAGGAGGCGGCGGGCGAGGCGGCGUGCCCGCUGUGGGCGCCCGCGUCGCCCGCGUCGCCCGCGUCGCCCGCGCUCGCGUGCUGACGGCCCGGCGCGCCCGUGACGCGGCAGCGGACACGCAAUAGUGCCGACGGAUUUUAUAUAGACUUACAUGUGACCGCGAUCGCACCCGCGUUCAAUUUAGAUUAUACGUGUCUGAUUCAUGCACUCGAUGUCUAAGUAACUAAGUACAUCUCAUUAACUAAAUACUAGCACAGUUUGUCGGAUCGGUUGACAUUUACGAUUACUGCUCCGUUCCCAUGUUAUGUUAUAGCUUAUUAUUAUUAUGUUUUAAUUCAAAUUCACAGACUUAAUAUUCAAGAAUAUAAACUGUGCAGCUUUAUAAUAAUAGCAUAGAUUCAAAAUUCCAUAUGUUUAUUUAAUAAUAUACAGAUAGGUUACGCUGCGUAUUUGCGAAUAGUAUUUGAGGUGUUUUAGCUGAGUGUAUCAUUUUUAUACUUACUACUGAUCAUAUCUUACCCAAAUAUGAAUAUUUAUGAAACUAUAGAUACUAAAAUUAAUUAUAUGAUAAUUUAAAAUUAUUUGUGUAAUGUAGUUUCAUCUACUUUUGUACUUGUAAGUUGUACAAAAAAUAACACUUUCCAAUUUCCAUGAAACAUGAUGUUGGAAGUAAAAUAAACUCCUACUUAAGAUUGAGAUUUAUAACUUUGUUUAUUUAAUUGUUUUGAUCUUUAGUUGAUUUUGAGUGAAUAUAAUAUUACAUAUUAUGAUUGGCAAACCACAUUCUAACCUAGUUUUAAUUUCUAUUAUAUACAAAUAUGGCAAACACAGUUCCUUAAAACAUCUAUGUUAGUUUUACAUGCAAGAAAAAGCAAAGUUAUUUGUUAACCCUGCAGUACAUUAAGAAAACGACACUAAAUUCCAUGGGCAGGAGGAAACAAACCUUAGAUUAACAUAUUCAAUGUGAUUUGCUAAUAGAACAGCUAUAUUGUACCCUAUAAACAGUUAUUAAUUAAUAUAUCUUAAAUUAUAAUACAACACUAUUUCACUUUACUACUUAUAUCCACUUUAAUUUUUUAAGUUCAGAUACCAACUUCACUGACAUUCAAAGGUCCCAUUUAUUUAUAAUGAAGAUCGUUGCAGAUUUCGACCAAUGAUAUCUUGUCAAUUUAU